UCCAUUUGCAACGCACAUCCCUAAUAUUUCCUCCAACAAUCCUAAUAUUUUUCUCCAACAAUUCAAAUCUGCUAUGCCUCUCUCCAGUUGCAACACACAUCCCUAAUAUUUCCUCCAACAAUUCAAAUCUGCUAUGCCUCUCUCCAUUGCAACAGCACAUUAAAAAAAAAUUACUAUGUCCAUUGAAGGCAAUUCUCUCUUUCUCCUCCCUUCUUGCUAAAGACAGAUUGCUUAUUCAAUUUACUCAUCUUUUGAACUCUCUUUUUGAGUAUUCUUCUUGAAUUUCUAAAUUAAUUCAUGGUGCGAGUCGAUCCUAAAAAUGUUGGCCGUGAGCUAGAGGAGAAUCAGGCGCACCUUCAUUUUUUAGCUUUUCAACUUAAAUUUCUCAUAUCAGUGAGAAAGGAAUCACAACUUUUAUAAAUUAAGUGACAGAUAAUAAAUCGAUCCGACCAAGUAAAAAUCUGUCACAAUUUACGUGACCAAUUAUUAAUUGGUCUACUCAAUCAACCAUCGAUCUGCUUUAUAAAAUCAUCCAAAAGGCUAAAAUAUUUUGUUUACCAAAUCAGGCGAUUGAUAGUACAUUAAUCUGAACAAUCUAAAAAUCAGGAUGAUUUUCUAAAUAUAUAAUAGACCGACUAAUAGUUGGUCGGAUCGAUUUACAAUCAGUCCUUUAAAAUAUUGACACCAAUCUUUAGUUUUCCUUAUUUGUCUAAUUGAUAUUACAUUUGUUACAAUAUCUUCAGGAACAUGAUAUAUCUAGCGAGGGGGAUGAGUCUUUUAAAACCGUUAGUGAUGGAGAUAAUGCUUCUAAAACAGUUAGUGAUGGGAAUGAGUCUUCUGAGACAUCUAGUAAUGGGGAUGAAUCUGCUGAAGAGAAUGAUAUAUUAUUGAUACCAGAACGUGAAACCUCAGUAGACCUCUCCCAAUAUAGUUUGCGUAAGGAAUUGGAGGACGAGGAUCACUUUGAUGGACUUGUGAGCAUUUUAUCAAGGUGGGAUGUUGUUAAAAUUAUACAAUAUUACUUGGAGAAGGAAAAAGUGUACAACCAAUUUAUGAAUAGUUGUUUUGGCUGCUUAUCAAAAAAAGUGAACCUAGAGAAUUGGAACAAAAUUUUUUGUGGCCAAAUCGUACACUAUCUUCUACAACGACGUGUUGUAAGCUUAAAGAAAAAGGAGGUUUGGUUCAUAAUUGAUGGUAAGCCAAUUCGAUUUGGUAUGAAGGAGUUUGCUAUGAUUACCGGACUGAAUUGUGGAAAAGUUUCCACUAGUAAGGCUUUAUAUGAUGAAGGGAAGGCAAAAGAUUUUUUAGAUCUAGUGUUGAACAAAAAGAGUAGUCUAACGGGAAAUGAUUUAAAGGAAAUAUUAAAGAGUGACAGAGUUGAUGCGCAAACAAAGUUGAAGAUCGCUAUGGUGUGGUUUGUUGAGUCUUUUUUAUGGGCUGCUGAUCAAAAGCGAACUGUUGAUAUAAAGAAUAUGAAAAUGGUGACAAACUUGGAUUACUUUAAUGCAUAUCCUUGGGGUGGGCGUUCUUUUGAGAUGACAGUUGAGUUCCUUCUAAAUGUUAACUUAAAGAAACAGUCUGCAGAAUGGAAGGAAAAUAAUUCCACAUCUAAAGGUUAUAGCUUUCAAGGAUUCCCUUGGGCUUUUAUGGUGUGGGCUUUCGAAGCAAUUCCUAUACUAGGAGAGGCUUUUGGACAGCCAUUGAUAGAAUCUCCCUUGCCACUUCCAAGAUUGCUCCGAUGGUACGAUAAAAAGAAGACACCCCUAGAUUAUAAAACAGUGUUAUUGACAAUGCAAAAUAAAGAGGUUGUGGUGCAUCCUACUUUGGUUCCUACUAAUGUUGAGUCAAAAAAAUCAUAUUUGAUUAAUUGGGAGGAUUUGAAAGAUGGGGUGGAUGAGAAUAUAGAUCGGUUGACAAAAGUAGUUAGUGGUGUGACACGAUUAGUUAACUCUUCUCUCGAAAGGCAUGAGAUUCCGGUAGCUAUGGAUCACGACGGACGUGAAACUGAUAUUAGAAGACAACCAUCAAAGGGAGUUACUGAAAAUAUUAAUUUGAGUGAUUCACCAGACAAACUUUCUCAACUUAUUGAAUUAUGUGCAAAUAUGUUUAAUGAGAUGAAGGAUAUGAACAAGAAGUUGAAUGAAAGAAUGGAUGGUCUCGAUGCUAAAGUAGACCACUUGAGUGGUAUAGUGGGUGGUUUGCAUGUCCAGGUAGAAAAAUUAAGCAAAAAAACGUAUGAUGAUGAAAAUUUUCAGGUGGGUGAUGAACAACUAGAUAUGUUAGAAAAGAAGGUAAUUGGUGAGCUUGAAGAGGAAGGAAGCAACAUGGUUGACAAAGAUGAAGCUACCAAAUUUGCGGGAGUAUGUACUACAAGGGCGAAACGAACAAGGAAAACUAACCCAAAAUAUGAUUCCCCUUUUGCAACAGAUCUCAGACAAAAGAAAAUUCGGGAGGCUUCGAAGAAUAUGAAGACUUAUAAAAGGAGAAAGAUCGGCGGUGAUAGUUAGUAAUUCUGUUAGGAUGUUUUUUGGAUCUGUCGGACAGAGUAUGGAUCAAUCUGUUUAAUUAAAAUUUGUCUUGGAUUGUAUUUAAGUUUAAAAAGUUAGCGUAUUUAUAUUAUGCCACUUUUGUUCUCACUGAUGGAAAUAUUCGACUUAUUUUAAUUUCAUUAAUAAUUUUGUAGUGUA